CCCGGCCUGCCAGUACCUAGCUACGCUUCGAGCGCGGCGUACGUGCGUGUGGAAUUCAAAUUUCGAACACGAAUUCGAAUCGCGUGAACGUUGACUGUGUGUUUGACGUUUUUUUUUAUUUGAACUGUUUUCGGCCAGUGUUGUGUUUUGGAUUGCACGAUUCGUUUAACGAUCCAAGGAGCAUAAUCCAUGGCAACAUAUGGAUACAUUUGAAGUAUGUCACGAAAAACAUACACCUGCAAAUCCUGCAAUAGAACUAACGGACAUAAUGAUUGCAAAGAGAUAGCGAACGAUGAAACAAUGAAAUCAAGUGUCAGUGUCAAGUCACAGUGUAGAGUAACGAGUAGAUGUGCCAAUGCGUUGUUCCUGCUGUUGAGGAUACAGAAGGUGACUGUGUUGCAGCAAUGGACGGUGUUCUGUUUGUUGUUUAGUUGUGUUUGUGCGAGGGAACAGAAGUUUGCUAUUGAGCCUCAAGAUCAGAGCGCAGUCGUCGGAUCAAGAGUGACACUACCCUGUCGAGUGGUUAACAAAGUCGGACAGUUGCAAUGGACCAAAGAUGACUUUGGACUUGGCACACAUCGGCAUCUCAACGGCUAUGAGAGAUACAAGAUGGUUGGCAGUGACGAAGAAGGCGACUACUCUUUGGACAUCAGAGAGGUGACAUUAGACGAUGAUGCCCUGUACCAGUGCCAAGUCAGCUCAGGACCUAGAGGCGAACCACCAAUAAGAUCACGGUACGCGCGUCUAGUAGUCCUAGUACCACCGGAACCACCGAAGAUACUCCAAGGCUCCACGUUACUAGCGGUUGAGGACAGGGAAGUCAACUUGGAGUGUGUGUCGACAGGGGGGAAGCCUGCUGCUGAGAUAACGUGGGUAGAUCACGACGGGGGUGUGAUGGUGCAGGGUGUGACGUAUACUACAGAACAGAUGGCAGAUGGGAGCAGGCAUGUAGCCAGGUCGGUGCUUCGCUUGCGGCCAAGGAGGUUUCACCACAACCAGACAUUCACGUGCCAAGCCCAGAACACAGCUGACAGAGCUUAUAGAGCCGCAUCAAUAAGACUACAGGUCCAAUAUGCCCCAAAAGUGCGUGUUUUCAUCAAAUCUGGUGCAGCCACUGGCAGGAUACAGGAAGGGGAUACCUUAGCAGUCGGCUGCCAAGCAAAUGCUAACCCUAACAACUUGACAUACAGAUGGUUUUUGAACAACGAACAAAUCGCUGGUGCGGUCAGAAAUGAACUUAUAUUACCGAAUAUUUCGCGAAAAUUCAACGAAGCCACGGUCAAAUGCGAAGUACAUAACCCGGUAGGGAAGAGCGCGGACACGAAAUCCUUGGAGGUUGCAUACGGCCCCACGUUCCGCCAAAGACCGAGAGACGUGGAGGCAGAAGCGGGAUCCUCGGCCACUUUGACCUGCCUCGUCGACGGGUAUCCGACUCCGAGGAUAGAGUGGGUUGUGUAUCGAGGAGAACAUGUUGUGAUCGCGGGUAAAUCUUCUAAUCUCACUGUCACAGUGAAUGCCGCUACAGCAGGCCAGUAUUGGUGUAAGGCUAGUACGGAAGGGUAUCAGCCGAUUGAAGCUCCUGCUAUGAUUUAUGUUAGAGGUCCGCCGAAAAUAAUGUCAAACCAAACACAAUACGGCGUAGAGGGAGACAGCGUGAGGAUAGAAUGUAUCUCCUUCUCUGUCCCGAAGCCCGAUUACGUGCUUUGGUCGUUUGGAGGGAACGAGAUUAACUCAUUCUAUAACCAGGAGUAUGCCUUUUUAGAAGAAACUUUAACAGACGGGAAGACGAAGUCAACUCUAAUAAUAAGAGAGAGUGACGCAAGGCAUUUUGGUACUUACAACUGUAGUGUUUCGAAUUUAUACGGCUCGGAUAGUAUCGAAAUACGACUCAUACCUGACAAAUCCCUCCCCCUAAUCCUCAUAAUAAGCAGCGGCUCCUCAGCCAUCAUAGUCAUCCUCAUCAUCAUGCUAAUCGUCAUGCUCUGCCAUCGCAAGAGAGACGUAGACAAGAAGCCAGACAUCACAAACAUCAAAGCUAAUGUCGACCCGUUUAAGGAUAGCGAUAGGAGUUCUAAUAUCAGUGAUUUGAAAAUGGAACUGAGGCAGGUUGAAGGAAGUUGUGAAAUGGAUGCAUCAAACGGAUCUGAGACAGAGUUCCACUCAAAUCUUCAGCUGACGACAAAUCUGGGUCUACCAUUAGCCGGCCCAGUAUCUAUACCAGAUCCUGGCAUUGAUAAUGAGUUGAUGAAGUACCAGCGAUACAGCGGGGACUUCAAUCAGGCGAUUAGCCAUUUGAAUUUCAAGGGUGGACAGAGUAACGGCUACGUACCAUACGUAGAUUAUUCAAGAGACUACGCCCCCCCACAGCCUGACAGUCUGACAGGAUCGUUCUCUAGAAGUACAGAAUACCCAGCUCAGUGUGGGUCUUUGAACAGGCAAGCUAGCUGCGGACGGUUGGGAGGGCUGGUUGGACCUGAUGUUAUCCCAAUGGCUAAUCAAGGAGCUUUAUGCGGCGGCGUGGACGUCAGAUACGCUGCAACUUACGGCAAUCCGUAUUUAAGAGGGAGCGGUCCAAUUUCAUACGUCCCGCAAGUGAACACAGCAAAUCCAGCCGCCACACCCGCACCGCCGCCAUAUUACUCCGUUAGAAAUAAUUUACCCUUACCCGCAACAUCAGGGACGUCACCCUCAUCAUCAUCAUCGUCGAAACCCCUGACGAGUCCUAUGGCAUCAUCAUCAUCAGUCAACAGCUCGGCACAGCCACAGGUCCCACGGGUGUCACCUCAGACGGGCUUGUACAUUCUGCCACCGACGAGCCAAGGGAACUUCCAGUCUAAUCAAAUUACUGCCAAAGGUAAUGGCCAAGGAACAGGAACCCAUGUUUAGAAAGCUGUUAAAAAGUAGUUAGGUGAUUAAAAUAUAAAAAAUAAAACUUGUGUAUAGAACACUCACUCCAUAUGUUCUGUUGAAAUAGAUAUCUCCUUUGUAUGCCGCUUUGGUUGUGGUAAGCCGUCAGGGCUGUCAAAAAGCGGUUUUUAAGACUUAUUAGUUUUAAGUGAAAUUGUUUGAGUCAAUGUAAGUAAAAUUAUGAUAUCAUUGUACUU